GGCUGCCGGGGCCAGCCCGGCGAACAGAGAUCAGCGCUGCUGGGACUCUACUGAAAUUGCCUUCCUGUCAAGCAGCCUUUCAUACAGUCACAGAAAAGACAUAACCUCUUUGCCUUUAAAAAUUCUCGGUACGUGCUUGCCUGAGAUGCACUGAAACUUUGAAAGGAAAUUUGAUUGAAUCAACAUUGAAGAAGAUUCAGUCAUAACUUCUAGAUAGCAAGAAAAAGGCUAUGGCUAAACGCUUAAAAGCCAAACCCACCUCAGACAAGCCUGGAAGUCCCUACCGUUCCGUUACUCAUCUCGAGUCGCUAGCAACCAUAGACCUCCCUGGAGCAGAUACUUUGGACAAGUUAUUUGAGCAUGCUGUAACCAAGUUUGGGAAAAAGGACUGCCUUGGGACCAGAGAAAUACUGAGUGAGGAGAAUGAAAUGCAACCGAAUGGAAAAGUUUUUAAAAAGUUAAUUCUAGGGAACUACCGAUGGUUAAACUAUGAAGAAGUGCACCAAAGAGUGAAGCACUUUGGGAGUGGGCUUGCAGCCCUUGGGCUAAAGCCAAAGAGUACCAUUGCGAUAUUCUGCGAGACCCGAGCAGAGUGGAUGAUUGCAGCACAGAGCUGCUUCCAACACAGCUUUCCUCUUGUUACUUUAUAUGCCACUCUUGGUGAAGAGGCAGUAACCUAUGGUCUCAAUGAAUGUGAAGCAUCAUAUCUGAUCACUAGCACAGAACUUCUGGAGAGUAAACUUAAGAGUGCAUUGUCCAAAAUCCCACAUCUCAAACACAUCAUUUGUGUGGAUAAGAAGACUAUCAGUAAAUCAGAAUGCCCUGAAGGCCUGGAGAUUCAUAGUAUGGAAAUGGUAGAAGAGCUGGGAGCCAAACCAGAAAACAUAGGCAUCCCUAUAACCAGACCCAUUCCAACAGACCUGGCUUUAGUAAUGUAUACUAGUGGUUCCACUGGGCGACCUAAAGGAGUGAUGAUGAUGCAUAAGAACUUGGUAGCUGGAAUGACAGGCCAGUGUGAGCGAAUACCUGGACUGGGAUCUAAGGACACUUACAUUGGGUACUUGCCUCUGGCUCAUGUAUUAGAAUUGACAGCAGAACUUUCCUGUGUUGCAUAUGGCUGCAGCAUUGGAUACUCCUCUCCACUCACACUCUCAGACCAGUCAAGUAAAAUUAAGAAGGGAAGCAAAGGAGACUGUACUGUACUGAAGCCCACAUUGAUGGCUGCAGUGCCUGAAAUAAUGGACCGAAUUUAUAAGAAUGUCAUGAGCAAAGUCCAAGAGAUGAACUGUAUUCAGAAAACUCUGUUUAAAAUAGGCUAUGAUUAUAAACAGGAACAGAUCAAGAGGGGCUAUGAUGCACCUCUGUGUAAUUUACUGUUGUUUAAAAAGGUAAAAGCCCUGCUGGGAGGGAAUGUGCGUAUGAUGCUGUCUGGAGGAGCACCUCUCUCGUCUCAGACGCAAAGGUUCAUGAACAUCUGUUUCUGCUGUCCUGUUGGCCAGGGGUAUGGAUUAACAGAAACAUGUGGAGCUGGAACCAUUACUGAAGUUGCUGACUAUAGCACUGGCAGAGUUGGAGCUCCUCUCAUUUGCUGUGAGAUUAAAUUGAGAGAUUGGCAAGAAGGGGGCUACACUUGCAGAGACAAGCCCAAUCCUAGAGGAGAGAUUAUAAUAGGUGGACCCAAUGUUUCUCUGGGAUACUUCAAAAAUGAUGAGAAGACAACAGAAGAUUUCUCUGUGGAUGAAAAUGGCCAGAGAUGGUUUUGUACUGGAGAUAUUGGAGAAUUUCAUUCUGAUGGUUGCCUGCAGAUCAUAGAUCGUAAAAAAGACUUGGUGAAGCUGCAAGCAGGAGAAUAUGUAUCUCUGGCCAAAGUAGAAGCAGCACUGAAGAACUGUCCACUUAUUGAUAAUAUUUGUGCUUAUGCCAAAAGCGACCAGUCGUAUGUGAUCAGUUUUGUGGUGCCUAACCAAAAGAAGCUGACAGCAUUGGCUGAACAGAAAAGUGUCAGUGGGUCAUGGAUUGAUAUCUGUAACAACCCUAUCAUGGAAGCUGAAAUACUGAAAGAAAUAAAAGAAGUUGCAAACAAGAUGAAACUGGAGAGGUUUGAAAUACCAAUCAAGGUACGAUUAAGCCCUGAACCAUGGACCCCAGAGACUGGUCUAGUGACUGAUGCUUUCAAACUGAAAAGGAAAGAAUUGAAGAACCAUUACCUCAGUGAUAUCGAGCGAAUGUAUGGAGGCAAAUAGGUUUCUCAGUUGUAUUGACUAAAAACUGUGCAGAAGGUUCCUUCUUAUAUCCUCCAUGACCAAAUUUAAGCCUCAGAAGUUUGGACCUCCUUAUCUACUGUAGACACCACGUGCAAGUUAAGACGGUGUGUGAAAUUGUCAGACUUCCAUAACCUUUGAAGCCAAGAGCUGAGGGGAAAAUGCUUUUUUUUAACGAAGCAGACCUAGCUCCGAGCAGAAAAGAGAUACUUAAAUGAUUAUAAUUGUCAUCUCCAGCUUUGAGUUAGAUAGGAUUGUGUGAAACAGUGUGACUGGAGCCCUGUUUUUUCCCACGUGUUUCUGUAGCACAUUCCAAGUAUCUUUACAUCGGCUGUUUUUUUUCCCCCCAAUUUUCCCUUUUAUCUGAAAAAGAGUUUAAAAUAUUGAUUCAACUCAUCUGUGGUGAUAUUCAUGGAAGAGCAAGGUACUUGGUGAAGAAGACUACAUUUUAAUAUUUGCACUGUUUAAUGAAAUAGGGUGAAGAUAAACUGGGAGAAA